AUGUUUGUUAGAAAACAAGGUUUUACCAUACUCUUUUGUUUUAUACUAAAACCUGAAUGUUCUUUACGAGGUCAGCGUGGCGCUGCCACCCACUUCUCCUCAGCCAUGGGUGAUAGUAUAAAAAAGAAAUUAAGUUCCAGUAAAACAAGUUUAGAUGAUAAUUACUGUACAGGGUCCAUAAAUGCACCAAUAAAUUUUUAUACCAACCAUGAAAAAGAGUCGGAAAGUUGUAAUGCUGCUCCGCCCCUGAUGCAUAAAACACCACCUUCACCGGCUCGUCAGCAUUUAGAAAUGUCUGCUGCCUCUUGUCAAAUGCCGGGCUUAACCAUAAUCUCAACAGCUCCGCGUUGUCAAAUGUUACCUUUGUUGGCGGCAGGAACAACAGCACAACAGGAACACGUGGCUAGUGUGGAAACAUUUAUAGGUGCUGGAGCGGGUGCAGCAGGUAGCAACUCCACCUUAGAACGUAAAACGGCACAACAUUUAGCUUGUAUGCAGCAGCAGCAACAACAUCAACAUAUAAACUCCUCCAACUCACCAGCCUCUAGAUGUUGCAAUAUAUUAAGUGGUGUUAGCUCCAGCUUAGCAGGCGGUGGGGGAGUUGUUAGUAAUAUGUCACAACAACCACAUCAUCAGCUUACCGGUAUGCCUCAAGUUGUUUCUGGCAGCUCAGUGGGUUAUUAUGAUGCAUUUGGUGCGACAUCUGCUGCAACAAUGAAUAUGCAAGCAACACCCACACCAACACCCACUUUAAAUAUGACUGGCAGUUUAGGUCGUAGAACUCAUUUGACUUCAACACAUCAUCAACACCAACAACAACAGCAGCAGCCGGCAUUAACACAUGAAUUUGUGGGUGUUGAAACCUUAGACAUAUUACAAGGUGUAGCACCGGACACCCUCAUUGGGAUACGUUCCUCUGUGAAUCCCGUCAGCAUAUGCUCUUCCAUGUCAUCAUAUCAUCCUACUAGCGGAGUGCACUAUACUAGUGCAGCUCCUGGCUCUUAUAUAAAUACAGUAGCACACCACCAGCACGGCCAAUUACUACCAGCUGGAGCCAUUGUUUCGAUAAGUAGUCUAACCAAUACAGCUGCCCCAACAGGAAAUAAUUAUACAAUACCAGCGACCAUAAUAACAACCACAUCGGUGACAACACAGACACCAAAAACCCAAAAGCGAGUGACAAUAAUGGAACCCACCACAAAUCAUACAUUUGAUCCAUUACUGCCAACAAUGGUGGCAUUGGCGGGAGCCAAUGCUUCUAACAACAGCUCAAAUUUACAACAGCAGCAACAACAGCAGCACCCUACACCCAUAAUAACAAUAACAACCAAUUCAGCACAGACACAAGAGGAAAAGGCCUGCAAGACUCAAGACAGUAAAGAUGAUAACGAAGAUCCAAGAGGUAUGUUGGAUCGUAUUACCCACGAUCUAAAUUAUCUGUUAAAUGGUGCUGAAGAUGAUCAAAUACCACCACCACCCAGACCUCCAAUGGGUACCAUACCCUCUGCGGAUUUGGCCAAUGCGGAAGUAAUAUUUAAAACAGAUGAACUGUAAGUGCUUGACAGACGGAAGUGAGAAAAUCAAAAUGUGAAAUCAUAAACAAAAACACAGGGUUAGUUAGGUGUAAAAAUUUUGCAAAAAUAAAAGGUUGUUAAGUGUAAAUAUUUACCUAAAGUUAUAGUUAAAAUAAUGAUAAACAUAGUUAAUGAAAUAAUUAAAUAAAUAACUAAUGAUUUCUUCAACAUUUGCUUAAUAUAUAUAAUAUUGAUGGCUCAACGUCGAAUAUCAAAAAUACAUGAUCAUGUUUAAAUAUUAAAAUUUGUAUAAUAAAAAUUAAUUAAUAUUAAAUUAACAUAUUUUCUUUUUUAGUAAUAGAUUUACAUAUGUAAUAGAAAAUACUCAACAAAAAAACUUUUCCUUAAGGCAGCUAAAUAUUUGUAAAUAGAAAAUCUCGAAAUAGUUAAAAAUAUCUUAAAAAGGCUCUACAGUAAAAUGAAGUAGUUUAACUAUGGUUCAGUAAUU